CCGCCCGGCUCUCGCCGCCUCGGUCCAGUAGGUUCCCCUCGCUCCUACUUUGACGUGCACCACCUAUCUUGUCGGGAUGCAAACGAGGUCGCGCGAUGUCGCCAUACAGCGUGGCAUCCAAGAAGCGGAAAGCCGACGAUGAUGUCGACGAAAUGUCGGUGUCGCCCCAGAGCUCACCCGCCAUCUCGUCGAGGCAACUUGCGAGGCCCUCCAAGAAGGCUCGCGCUGGGAAUGACAUGACCGGGCGCCCGGUUUCCCUCCCGCGAUUACUGGAGACGUUCGACAUAACGCAAUUGAGAACAGUGCUCCAGACCAUCUGCGAGCGGUAUCCGGAUAUCGGUCACGAAGUUGUGACGCAGACGCCGCGGCCUUCGGUCGCUUCUGCGCUCGAGGUUCUGGGCGACUACCGGCAGAAGCUACAGGACGCUGUCCCCUUUGGAUCAUCGAGCUCCAACUACACAUAUUUCCGGGUCAAGCAACCGCUCGUCGCCCUUGUCGAGGCCAUCGCCGACUUCACACCGCAAUAUCUCCCGCCUACCGAGCAACAAGCAAACCUCUCAUUACAAUACCUGGACGGCGCGACAAAGAUCAUUCAUGAAUUGCCGGACUGGGAAGGCCCGGACCAGCGCAUCCACAAGGACAACGCAUACGAUGAAAUCUCCCGGGCGUGGGCACUGGUGAUUACAGAAUCUUCCAAGAGAGGAGGUGGCUUCUUAUUGCACACCGGCGGCUGGGACCAGAGCCUGGCAAAACACAAUCAACAAUCAGGAGGACGCUUACAACAAGCGAUGAACGUCAUAGCCGAACUGGGCUGGAUGGGCGGCAACCCAAAUUCUCAUUCCUCUGCAUCUUCAGACCCCAAUUCGAUUCUGAACCAACUCAUGAACGGCACAUACGGCUCACCAGUCCGAGUUGGUCCAUGGUAGACUUGGAUAGACAUGUGGCAAUAUCGGGUCCGGGCUUCGACCCGAGAGGUGGGCACGGACAUGACAAACAGCAUGACGAUUUUCCCUUUAUCAAGCAUCGGGCGGCUGGCAUAGACCUUGAGAUUCGGCGAAAUGUUCAACGGCGUUCAUGUUUUCUGACAUCCCCCAUUUUCCAGAGCUUCCGAGUCACGGAGAGCACUCUCACUCGCUCAAGGCGCUCGGGGCGCCUGUUUUCGACAGUGUUUGCUUACGCGGCCUUUGAGGGGCACCCCCUCUCAUUCCGGCAACCGUACGUUUGUUGAAAGCGAAUGCAGCUUUGUGGUGUGUAUUGUCUCGGAACUCUUUACCUGGGAGGCUUUUUCAUGGAAACAAUUUCUUUCGUUUUUAGUAUUCAGGCACACAACUGGGCUUUCUGUUUUCUUCUUCUUUACAUUUAGAGCGCCACUGGAGUAGGAUGGGUGCUUGGGGCUGGCU